CUAUUGGAAGCUAUUUUGAGCUGCGGCUGAUGAGGGCUAGUGCUUAGGUAAUGGUGUUCUCGUCUUCCCCUUGCAUCGAGCUUGCAUUGAUUGACCCCUCCUUCUUUAGCGAAUCGGAGAUGGAAGAACGAGGCGCCGAAGCCGAAAAUUUGUGGACAAGCUUGCUUUUCGAUAUUUUACCUUCAGUCCAGCUUCUGCUCACAAAACAAUACGACCAAAAAAAAAGCCUCGGCGACCUCUGAGCGAUUGAUUGGAAAAGGAAGAGACGUGAAAGGUAGAAGUCGAAGAAAAAGCCGCCAUGGCGCCCAGAUUAUCAGCGACGUGUUCGCCGCUGGCCCCCGUGGUUGAUGCGUGCCUUGCGCAGUCCUGCAAAUCACAGUCGGCACCGUUCGUGCGGGCCUUCAGCUCGACGCCGUGUCGUCAGAAGAUGAGUAGGGCUCGGCAGCAGAUGUUCCAGUGGCUCAAUGGCCGGGAGGGCUCAGAGUUCGCCGAACCGCGAGGACCAAAGUACCUGGGGCCGCUGCAGGACCAGCCGUUCCCCCUCAACCCGCUGUUCCGGAGCCAGCCGGUGCUGGACGAGCACACGAGGGAGCUGAUAUGGGACAAGGUGAUGAAGAGGGGCGAGUCGCUCAAGGCGGUGUCGGCGGAGAUGGGCGUUGACGUGAGGAGGGUGGCAGCUGUGGUGAGGCUGAAGGAGGUGGAGAAGCAGUGGCAGAGAGAGGGCAAAAAGCUGGCAAUCCCCUAUGCCAAGGCCGUCAUGAACAUGCUGCCCAAGACGUCAUACCGCGAGGGCGAGAAGAACUUGCCGCACGAGCCGGUCAACGAGAUUCACGUGCACAAGCUUACGAUGCAGCAACUCUUCGUGCCAGUAUCGGAGUCGCGGCACUUCACCCGAGAAGACGCCGCCAAGGCCUUCCACGACUCCAUGCUGUCAGUCGACGCGCGAUCACCGCAGCCCGAGCUCAUCAAGAUGGAGCGGGAGAUUCUCGAGGGCAAGAGCCGGCAGGAGAGCUUGGCCAAAUUCAAGGAGGCGACGCAGAACGAAGAGGACAGGGUGGCGCGGCGCAUCGCGGGCGAGCAGCGUAGGGAGGAGGAGGCGACGACGAGGGUCAAGACGGACCGCUACGAGUUCCGGUUCAAGGAGAUCAACGCGGACGACGUGGGAUUCAACGGCCGAUCAAGAAAGGGCACUGGCUGGAGGUAUGGAGCGCCGUUUGACGAUCGCAAGCGCGGGCUGGUCAAGAUUCCUACGUCUGUGCCUUGAAUGUUGUCAUGACUACAGAUUUGUAU